CUGAACCUCACCUCAUCUCCAGCCCUGGGAGCUGAGAACACAGAGUGUAUCUGUAAACAGAACAUCUCAAUAAACCACAGGAUGAAGUGAAGUUUCUGCGUUCAGUCAAAUUAAAUCAACUGUGGCGCAGCAACUGAAGAACCGAAGACCAUUAUCAUGAACAAACACCGCUUUUUUCCACUGUCAUUUCAAGAUAAGUCACAAAUGAUUUCGCUUUGCGUUACAGUUUCCCCCCAAACUAUGACAUCGCCAAAAUUAGAUAAGCUUUGAUGAGGAACAACGGAGUCCAGUCCUGUGGGAAAGUGUCUGAUGGAGACCAGGGACCUGGACACUGGUCCUAAAAUAGUUGGACAAAAGCAACGCAUCUUCUUCUGUGCCCAUUUUUGAAUUCCAAAAAAAAGUCAGUCCAACCAACCAUUUUGGUCUAUUUUAGAUUGGAAUGCAAAUAAAAAGUAAACCAAACUUAUGAAUGAAGACGUUUAAACCAGAGCCCAGAACAACUUUACGGGAAACUAGUGGCCACAGAAAAGGAAAAAAAACCCAAAGUAUUAGAGAAAAGAUGUCGAGUCCAAAUAUAAACCAGUGUAUACUGUUAAAAUUAGCUCAUAUUUACAGACCCACAAUUGGUGUCUGUGAACCUCAACACAGGGGCCACACGGUGGGAGAGUGGUUGGUACACUUGCCUUAGAGCAGGUCUGAUCACUGGUUUGCUCAGUCUAUGUUCAGUCCACAAACAUAUACCAUUAGACCAGUUGUUCUCUGAACCGUUUAUCGCUCGCCUUUGCCCGAUGAAAUCAUGGCAUUGGCCCCAGCUCGCCCCGUGACCCUGAACAGGGCUGAGCAGAGAAGAUGAAUGAAUGACUGUUCACCAAGACCAUCAGCAACACAUACUCUCUACAUCGUACACACACGCUGCCCCUAUAUAGAACUCAAAGACAAAUAUUUUCCAAGUUUGGACAUCAAAACAAAAUCAUUCCUGCCAUUCUUGACCAAAGGAAACACAGUGAAACGGCAGACCCCAUGUUUGGGCACUGGGCCUCCAGUAGUGGAGUGAGCUUUGACCUAAAUAUGCUCUGAGAAAUGCGGAUAAGCUCUGCUAAUAGAGAUAAAACAGACGAUGGAAGGGAAAAGAUAAAAUAACUGAAGGGUCAGUGAACAAACCUCCAGACAUCACUGUAGAAAAAUGAAUUUUACACUGACGCUGGUUUGCAGAGAGCAUGGGAAAAACCAGCCUCAACACUGAGGGAAAGAUGCUUCUCCUGAACCAUAAUGUAGUCAUGUUUCCAGAAUGUGAAGAUUGAAUGGGUUUGUGGAAACUGGGCACAGGAGACGUUGACAGACGUUGGCCUGGAGUUGGACAUUUGCAUUUAUUAGAUGAGGAGGUCAAAGGUGAAUUAUAAUAAAGUUGUGUGUGUUCAUAUUGGACAUGGAAAUGUUUUAAUUUUUUUGUCUUUUUUGUCUUUUUUGGAUCCUAGGGCUGAAUUGACUCAUAGAUGAAACAGUCACCGGACUUAUCAACUAUAAAAAAAAUUAUUUGUUGCUGUUCCAUAAGAGUAAGCUUUGUGUCUUGUUAUUUGCUUGUGCAACCUUUGAGUCACACCACAGGUAACUUAACACUAGAAUGAUGACAAUGUUAGUUUUUAUAUAAAAUAUAAUAUAAUAUUAUAAAUUCCUGACUUUAAAGUAUGUGUAGAUGUAUGUAUAAAAUAAUGCUUAAAAAAACAUUUUCUAUUGUCAUUUCACACUCGGUCGGGUAAUAUGGGCAGAUAACGAAGAUUCACCACUAGAUGGCAACAAACCAACCCAACAUUAAACCCAGAGAUCUCCAAAUAUCCAAAUCUACUUUUUAAUUGCGCUGGAAAAACUCCUAAUAAAUUUAUUCCAACAUGACGGAUUUAUAAGGAAAAACUGAGCCUCGAUAUUUAUUCUGUGACUUUCCAACUCCGUAUAAAAGCACGUGUUGAAAAGAGAUAUACAGACGCCAGUCCGGGGCUGAUGUCUGAGGCGCACUGUUGUGGUUGAGAUCCGGUCUCUCCCCGGUGCUUGCGGUCGGUCCCUCCUCCAUCAAACGUCAGACACUGGAGCUAUAAAGCCCAGUGGAGGCCGGAGCGAGCGCACAAAAAGUCCCAUAUACCUCAUGAACCUGACAGUCUGAGGUCCGCCUCCUCUCAGACAACAGGAGAAAGUUUAAUGAGGAAGAGGAGCCGAGAGAGAUGCACAACUUUGAGAGCUACAGGACAGCGCACAAGAAUGCAAAAGACACAGCAGACAGUGACGAAUUUACCGGAUGAACUUCACUCAUGUGGGAGAGUUUCUUCAGUGACCAGGCUGCUGUCUGUUAAUGGGUGAGCGCACACUUGGAUUUCUGAUGACAAUAACAGGGACCGUCAAGAAAAAACGCAUGGAGUGAGGAGCUCUUCAUCCAGGCUUCCAGAGGAAAUCAAAUAAUCCUAAUCUGAAGAUAAACUAACACUGACCUCGGCUGACGUCACCUGUACAAUCUGCACGUUUCUGUCUGCCAAACGAAGGAGAGAUGCAUUUGGGUAAAGCUGUGCUGUUCGUCCUCCUCCUCAACUGCGCAACGUUGAGCUCCUGCCUGUCAACCUGCGCCACCGUGGACAUUGACCACGUGAAGAGGAAGAGGGUGGAGGCGAUAAGAGGUCAGAUUCUGAGCAAACUGAGACUGACCAGUCCUCCACACUCACUGGGACCCAGUAAGAUCCCCUACCAGAUCCAGGCGCUGUACAACAGCACCAAGGAGCUCCUGGAGCAGCUCGGCAGGGACCGGCAGCAGAGCUGCGGUCAGGACAACACAGAGACAGAGUACUAUGCCAAAGAGAUUUAUAAAUUCGACAUGGUGACGCCGGAGAGUAACGAUGUGCACUAUUGUGUAAAAGGCAGCACCUCAAAGGUUUUUCGCUUCAACGUCUCUGCCAUGGAAAGGAACUCGACCAACCUCUUCAGGGCAGAGUUCCGUGCUCUGAGGAUGCCAAACCAGAGUGCCAAGAAGAACGAACAGAGGAUUGAGCUCUACCAGAUCCUGAGGCCAAACGAACACAUCACAAAACAGCGCUACAUUGCAGCUAAGAAUGUGCUGACCAGAGGAACUCCAGAAUGGGUGUCCUUCGAUGUGACUGAAACUGUGAGGGAAUGGCUGUACAACAGAGGAAGUAAUCUGGGGCUGGAGAUCAGUGUUCACUGCCCCUGCCACACCUUCAACCCUAAUGGUGACAUCAUCGACGAUGAGAAGGAGGUGCUGGAGGUGAAAUUCAAAGGUGUGGAUGGAGAGGAGGAGCCGAGUCGUUGGGAUCAGGAGCAGAAGAAGGACCCAAAGAAUCAAAAACAACAGGUCCUGCCUCACCUCAUCCUCAUGAUGAUCCCACCACACCGUUUAGAGACUCAGCACACACGCCGACGCAAGAGAGGCCUGGACUCAAACUACUGUUUCUCAAGCACUGAGCAAAGCUGCUGUGUUCGUAAACUUCACAUUGAUUUCCGUCGUGACCUGGACUGGAAGUGGAUCCAUGAGCCCAGUGGUUAUGAGGCCAACUACUGCUCUGGGCCCUGCCCUUAUCUGAGGAGCGCAGACUCCACACACAGCUCAUUGUUGGGUCUGUACAACACCCUGAACCCAGACGCGUCGGCCGCCCCCUGCUGUGUUCCUCAAGACCUAGAACCUCUGACGAUACUCUACUACUCUGGACGGACCCCGAAAGUGGAGCAGCUCUCAAACAUGAUCGUCAAGUCCUGCAAGUGUAGCUGAGACCACACUGAAAGUGCGUGGUAAACUUUGACUAGGUACUGACCCAACCCAUGCUUGUUGACUUCUGGACUCGUAGCUGUGACAAAAACCCUGUGGACUCGUGGCUUAGAUUUGAAAACCACUCUGGAGGUCACACGUCUUUGGACAAGGAUAGAGAUUUUCUGAAAACUUGAGGUCUUUCUUUACUUAUUGUUUCUCGUUCGCUGACUUUUACAAAAGUCCAAUCCAAACCAAAAGCAGUCCCACAAUCAAGGUACGAUCUUACCAGUUGCCACUCUCUGAAUUUAUGAAAGAGGAAAAAGAACAUUUAAAGCUAGAUUAAGCUUCUCUACAUCAACAUAUUCCACAAAGUAACAGUCUUAACUUUUAAUGGAGCAGUUUUCCUGUUUCUUGCCAUGGAAUAUUUCUUGAAAACAGUCACAAAAGUAAUCAGUCUUAGCUUGAAUGAUUAAAAGAGUCUUUCAGAGGCUGGAUUCCUCCGCCUGCUGUAGGCUCCUGUUCCCUUCAAACAGAGGGCAUUAUCUUCAAUCACAAAAAGAGAAAGGACAGACAUGCUGCUGAAUCCAAAGCCAUAGCUGUGGUUAGGAGAAAGGAGGAGAGUGAGAGAGAGAGAGCAAGGUGGAGAGAGAGUGUGAGAGGUAGAGAGAAAGAGAGAGAGAGAGAGAGAAAAAAAGAAUGCUCCCUGGAUUUGCAAUGGAAAGUGAAUGAACAAAGACACAGAGCCAAGCUUUGAUUUUUUUUUUGGCCGACCGGCAGCAGCAACAAGUCUUUUUCGGUGAAUGUGACAGAAUGGAUGGAGAAAGAAGACGAGGGAAGAGAAAACGAGGGGUGAAGAAGAAGAGGUGACUUAUGGAGGGGAGGGACUGUGAUGAAAAGUAGCCAUGAGCAGACGGCCUAGAAGUCUCCAUCGUCAACAGGUUCAGACUGUUUUGGAGCGAUCAAAGAUCAUACUGGAGGAGAGAGAAUUAUGCAAGAGCUUUUUAUUAGAUUUUUUUUCCAUUAAUAGCAGAUUUGGUCCGUUAUGCAACAUGUCGUACAGUGUUUGUUUCACCACUGUGAUAAAAACUGACUUUUUUUUUUCUAUUUUUCUAAAACACGUUUUGACAUUGAAACAUAAGAACUGUUAUUUUUCCCUUGAUGCAGGAGGACAAUGGAACUUGUUCAUGCCUAAAAAAUGAGUUUGCCAUCGUGUAUUUGAUCGACUACAGUGUUUAGUGAGAGUCCAAUUAUAUCAAAGGUGAUUAAUGUCUCCAGAAAGGAAAAAAACACAUGUACCUUUUCCCCCAACAAUGACAUGGAUUAGAGUGACAUGAAAUAUGCAUCUGUUUUCUUCCUUUGAAACUCACCAGUCGCACUGACACCAGCUAUUUAGAGCAUAUACAAUAAAUGGACAUAGAUGUGCAGUUGCAAAAGUGAAGUCUGAGAAAAAAGAAAACUGUGUCUGAAGAGUACCUGUUUAGGUGAGUACAACACUUGAUGUACUCACAGGAAUUGAAGAAAGACGCACUCAAAGACCUUCAACAACUCUGAGCCACUCUCAAGUGUUUAGUUUUUAUAAGCCAUCUUGCUGCCAACUAGUGGAAGAGUCACCGUCACACAGACAAGCGGAGAGAAAAGAUGAGCAGUGUCGGAGAGAAUGGACUUAAACCAGACCCUAAACUUCACUGCCAUUAUAAAUACAGCAACAAGAAGUACUUUAAUGUCUUCUUCUAAGGCUUCACUUUUGCAUCCACUGCCUGACGUGAGGGUUACGUCCAUUUGUCAUACCUGAUGUAUGUUCCCACCGGCUGACAGAGAGUCUCACGCGUCGUGUCGUGCAGUCUCCUAACUCUGGUGUCGGUAAAACACUGCAGUCUUUCAUUCCCUCUGUUUGUGUUGGUGCUCUUUAACAGUUCCGAGCUCUAAAGGAACAACAGAAAGUUGAGGGAGGAGAAGUCAGAACAUGACAGUGGCUGGAUGUUAGAGUUAGACCUCAUUUUUCACUGCAGUCAGGAAAGCCAUGCUGGAUCCCUGUACUGUCUGACGUCGACCAAGUCAGUGUCAGUGUUGUUUUUGUACUUUUUGUGACUUUUGUUUGACUUGUUGAUUGUGAUUAUUAUAUAUAAAAAAAAAA